CCAAGGCGGGAUGGAGAAGCUUUUUGUGAUUGUCCUCUCCCUUACCUUACUGACUUGCUUCACAGGGUCCUCCCCGAUUCUGACAGAAAAGCAGGCCAAGCAGCUCCUCAGGUCCCGACGCCAGGACAGGCCCAGCAAACCCGGCUUCCCUGACGAGCCCAUGCGGGAAUACAUGCACCAUCUGCUUCGCCUGGAGCACUGCGCCGAGGAGCAGUUCCUGGAGCACUGGCUGAACCCUCACUGCAAGCCCCACUGUGACAGGAACGUGGUCCAUCCCGUGUGAGGGGCUCCGGGCCGGCCUCUGCAGGCCGUCUGAUAAGCAAAGAACUGGCUACUGUCAAAAUGGGAUAAGGCUCCCUUUUGCAUGCGUUUUUCAGCCGUGGAAAUGGAUGUGUUCAGACCUCGUGAGCUCCAGGUGUGGCCAAGUCUGCCUUGGGGAUUGAUGGCAAAUAUACAUGUGCUGCUUCAUUUUACUAACCUGCAUCACUCAUUAAAGCCAAUAGUUUAAAGUAUAACUCCCCCUCCCUGCACGGCCUUCCUACAGGUUUGAUGAGGGUGCAGGCAGGGAAGCUCAGCUGGGGAGGAUGCAGGGCCCCUCGGGCUCAGCUGUCCGGCAGGCUGCGGGUCCUCAGGACUCUGGCAAGUCUUGCAAGGCCUGCACUGGGGGCUGUGGAGGUGUCUGGUCAUCUCUUUCCCCCCCCUCUCCUUGUCUGCUCUAAUAA